UUCCCUACCUUGAUGGUCGAGGAAACAUUAUCCUUUGCCAUCAAAACUCGCACGCCUCAGACCCGCUUCACCAAUCAGUCAAGGAAACAAUUCAAUCCCGAAUUCUUGGACGUUCUCCUCAGAAUCUUCGGCCUUCAACACGCUCGAAAAACUGUCGUUGGUGAUGCUGCGAUUCACGGUGUGUCGGGUGGAGAGAAGAAGCGUGUUUCCAUUGCGGAAGCACUAUCUUGCAGAAGCAUGAUCGGCGCAUGGGACAAGU